AUGAGAAUUUUAAAAAAUUUAAUAGUUUUAAUUUUAAUUUUUACAAUUUUAUAUAACCCAAUUAAUUGCAAAACUAUUAAAGCCCAAGACGAUGUAGAGGAUGCAGGUGAUGUUAUACCAGUUAUUACACCAAAACCAACUACAAAACCAGUUGCCACUGUACCGGAACCAACUGAAUCUGCUGAUCCAGGUAAUAAUAAAAUAGCAAAUCCACCAAAUCAUCAAACUGUUGCACCAAAUGAUGUGCCAACAUUUAAACCAACAAAUACAAAAGCACCAGAAUAUCAACCAUUAACAUCAUUACCACCCACACAAGCACCACCAAAAUCAGCAGCACCAACUACAACUAUGCCACCAAAAGGUGGCCAAUACCAACCACCACCACAAAUUCCAAAUCAAAUACCAUCUAAAACUUCAGCACCAAAAGUCACACAACCACCUCCAGUUGAAACUGAUCCACCAGCAGAAGAAACUGAAGCACCAACACAAAAGCCAUCAAAAACCAAAACACCGGCACCUACACCAGAAGAAGAUACCAAAGAACCAGCUGAUUUAGGUUCUUUUUCUUUAGAAACUGAUAAACCAACACAAACACCAAAGCCACCAAAAACUACACCACCAACCAAUUUAAUUCCAACAUUUUCAGAAUCAUCAUUUGAAUAUUCUGGAUUUGAUUCAUCAAAAUCAGAUUCUUCAGAUUCAUUUAAAUUAUCAUAUAACCAGUUGUUUUUAUUCUCUAUAUUAUUUUUAAAUAUAUUAAAUAUUUUAGUUUAG